GGAUGCACGCUGCAAAAAAAUACUCAUCACGCAGGUCAUUAGACAUGUAAUGAGUGAGAAAACGUCCAUUUUCCUUCUCUGAAAGUGAGAACCUACAAUCGGGUGAGAUAUUGUGCCUUUUGUUUCCUGUGUGAAACAGCCCCUCUCUCUUUUUUUUUUAUUCUUUCUUUUCCAGACGACGUUGACCGCGAUCUUUCACAUCCUUUAAGGAGGCGUACUAUUAAUGCCUGUUGUACUUGAAUCCAUACGUACGCGAGAGAUUUUUUUCUGUCCAUCUAUCUUUCCAGCGCGCAACAAUUGACCUGCUUAAUUUGACGGGGAGGAGGGGGGGGGUGCCUAAUGGCUUUGGAGAAUCAACAGUUUUUUUUUUCCCCCUUAAACGGGAUUUUUCUUUUCUUUCUUUCUUCCCUUCUUUUUCAGCGCAUCUCUCUCUCUGAAGUCAUUCUCCGUUUCGUGCACGGCAGCAACCAAGGACAGGAGAGCAUCAGCAGGGAGAGAGAAAGGUGCCUCCUCUCCUCUCCGCUCCGCUCCUCUUCUCUCGUCUCCUCGCCAUUGCGCUCAUUGUGUCGCUGCUGAAUCGCUCGUCAGCGCGAACGCUCCUGUGACAAGGAGGCUGCUGGAAGAAGAAGAAGAAAAAGAAGCGGAGGGACACAAACACGGACAAACCUAUGCGUGGAUUUCGGCUCUUUUUCCCUUCGCCAAUGCAAAAGGAAAUAUGCAGCGAAGCUUCACCUUGCUCUACACCAGUUUACUGGGGAUAUGCUUGGGUUCGGGUUCAAGUUUCCCAAGUAACAUCAACAUAGGAGGAUUGUUCCCCAACGUUUCGCACGAAUAUGAGGUGUUUCGGUUCGCCCUCUCUCACCACCAGGACAUCCCCAAACUGGUGUCGCAUGUGGAUAUGGUCAUAAUGGGAAAUAGCUUCUCCAUGACAUAUGCCUUUUGCUCCCAGUUCUCCAAAGGUGUGUACGCCAUCAUUGGCCUCUACGACAGGAAGACUGUAAACAUGCUCAUGUCGUUCUGCGGCGCGCUGCAUGUCUGCUUCGUCACGCCGUCCUUCCCCAUCGAGACCGCUAACCAGUUUGUCAUCCAGUUGAGGCCUGAACUCCAGGACGCUCUGGUGGGAGUCAUCGAGCACUACGGGUGGAACAAGUUCGUCUACAUGUACAGCUCCGACUCAGGCCUUUCGGUGCUGCAGAAAGUUCUGGACACAGCGGCGGAGAAGAACUGGCUGGUGACCUCAGUCAACGUGGAGAGCAUGACGGGGGACUCCUUCUUGAAAGUGUUCAAGGAUCUGGACAAGUGGAAGGAGGGGAAUAUUAUCAUUGAUUGUGAGACCGAGAGACUCACUGGCAUUCUCAAAGAGAUUGUAGAACAAGGAAAGAACGCAAAGAGCUUCCACUACAUCCUCGCCAACCUGGGUUUCCUGGACAUCGACCUGACAGACCUGAGGAAAGGCGGUGCCAACAUCACGGGCUUCCAGCUCGUUAACAACUCCGAGCCGAGCGUGAGCCGCAUCGUCCAGCAGUGGAUGGAGUUUGACAAUAAAGACUCCAAAAUGCCCAAGACUGGACUCAAAUACAUGGGCGCGCUGACAUACGACGGGGUGAAAGUCAUGUCCACAGCCUUCCAGUACCUGAGGAGACAGAGGAUAGACAUCUCUCGCCGCGGCAACGCUGGAGAGUGUCUCGCCAACCCGCCAGCCCCUUGGGGACAGGGCAUAGAUAUCCAGAGAGCCUUGCAGCAGGUUCAAAUUGACGGACUGACCGGUCACAUACAGUUCAACGAGAAGGGUCGCAGAACCAACUAUACUGUCAGUGUCAUGGAACUGGCCCCGUCCGGACCCAAGAAGGUUGGCUACUGGAAUGAAGAUGAGAAGUACGUGAGCACAGCCAGCCUCUCCAGGGUCAAUAAUGACACACACGGACUGCUGAACAGGACAUAUAUAGUCACUACUAUUUUGGAGUCUCCCUAUGUGAUGCAAAAGAAGAACCACGAACUGCUCGUAGGAAACGAUAAGUACGAAGGCUACAUUGUAGAGCUGGCUGCAGAGAUAGCAAAGCACGUGGGCUACCAAUACAAGCUUAAGAUCGUUUCUGACGGCAAGUACGGAGCCAAAGACCCUGAAACCCAGAAGUGGAACGGCAUGGUUGGAGAACUGGUCUAUGACAAAGCGGAUCUGGCCGUCGCCCCGCUUACUAUCACUCUCGUCCGCGAAGAGGUGAUAGACUUCUCCAAGCCCUUCAUGUCUCUGGGUAUCUCUAUCAUGAUCAAGAAACCCACAAAGUCCAAGCCUGGUGUGUUUUCCUUCCUGGACCCGCUGGCUUACGAGAUCUGGAUGUGCAUCGUGUUCGCCUACAUCGGCGUCAGCGUCGUCCUCUUCCUCGUCAGCCGAUUCAGCCCUUACGAGUGGCACGCCGAAGACUACGAGGAGGGAGCCGAGCCUCAGACUCCCACGCAAGCGGCGGCCUCCAACGGCGUGCAGCCGAGCCAGACGCCAACGCAGCAGAACGCCAACCAGCAGAGCCCAGAACAGACCAACGAGUUUGGCAUCUUCAAUUCUCUUUGGUUUUCGCUCGGCGCCUUCAUGCAGCAGGGUUGUGAUAUCUCACCACGGUAAGAGAAGCCCAGGCGGAGAUUUUGCAUCAGCUCAUCACACAGUCUUAGAGUUUUGAUUAUUGAUGCAAUGUGAAACGCAGCGCCACGACUCUGCUGGAUGUUCGUGUCGGAUCUGUUUUUCAUGAAGGAGCCGCUUUCUUCUUUUCGGCUACUUUCCGCUUUCCUGCCUUUGGAUUAUUCUAGUAGAAUCGAAACAAAACAAAACAAAAAGAAUGUCGGCACAUAUCUCAAA